AUGCCGGGAUGUAGUUUGACGUCAAAGCGGACCUGCUGUGACGUUUCGUACGCAGCGACUGUUUGCAUUUCGCGCACGAACUGAAGUGUCGACGAGCUCCAUCAGAAUCCAGAGAUAAUUUCACUUUGAGCAGGCAGCCAUGGCCAGCCAAUCAAUGGACAUCUUAGCAAAGGUUCUGGAGCAGUCGGCCAAGCUGGUGGAGGAGAAGGUGGACGCACAGCUGAGCAAACUGAAUGAAAUGGAUGAAGAUGAUUUGGAAAGACUGAAGGAGAAGCGGUUAGAUGCACUUAAAAAAGCCCAGAAACAGAAGCAGGAGUGGCUGUCUCAAGGCCAUGGAGAGUACAGAGAAAUCUCAAGUGAGAAAGACUUUUUCGGCGAGGUCAAAGAUAGCAAGAAUGUUGUUGUCCACUUCUACAAAAAUUCCACCUUCAGAUGCAAGAUCCUCGACAAACACUUGGCCAUCUUGGCAAAGAAGCAUAUUGAGACCAAAUUCAUCAAACUGAACGUGGACAAGGCCCCGUUUCUGACAGAGAGGCUGCGGAUCAAGAUUAUUCCAACGCUGGUCUUGCUUUUAGACGGAAAAACAAAGGACUACGUGGUUGGCUUCUCUGACCUGGGAAACACAGACGAGUUUCCCACAGAGAUGCUUGAAUGGAGACUUGGCUGUGCAGAUGUUAUUAACUACAGUGGUAACCUGAUGGAGCCUCCUACAAUGGCAUCGAGGUCGGGCACAAAGUUCACAAAGGUGGAGAAGAAAACCAUCAGAGGGCGAGCUAACGACUCCGAUUCUGAUUCUGGAGAUGACUGAAAUGCACCUAUCGUUGUCUGGUUUUCUCUCUCCGGCCUACCUCUUUAAAAUAAUAAAGUUUAGCCGACAGCCCACUAAGAUUUUUCUUCCCCCUUUCUCUUAGUGACUUACCCAUUAAUUAAACAUUUUAAUUUACAGUGUCUCAAAUCAAUUUGUUUUAUAAAUAGGGAUGCAUCCCAAUACCCGGUUCUAAACGGGAACCAAUAAGACGGUAGUAAAUACUCGGAGUAUUGAUAAUAAUUGAGUUUCGACUGUUGCAAACCUCCAUUUCUGUGUCUUUGCACAAGUCGUGCUUUACUCUGACACACACACGCCGACUCAAUACAGUGCUAGACACGCAUCAUGCCAGAGAGAAGGAAAAGAUCAAAAGUGCGGCUACGUUUUACUCCAGUAGCUGCUGAGAACUCUCGUCACAAAUGCAACAAAACCCUCCCAAGUAAGAGAGGAAACACCAGCAAUCUGUCAAAACAUUUGGCCAACAAGCAGAACAUUAAUCUGCAGAAAUGCUCAGCGCUCUGUUUGUGGAGCAGCCGCCCAUCCUCGUCCACUGCAGGUAACGUUAGCGAAGAGGACACAGGAGAGGGGGAAGGAGUGUCACAGGGCUGUCAGUGUAUUGUUAAAGGCCUGCUCCGCUUCUCAGAGGAGUUAAUGGGGUUUAUGUAACAACUAGUAAGUCUGUGUAGAUUGAGUUGUUUGAUACAUGGUUCAUAAUAAGGGGAGCAGCUGUGUGGUGGUCUUAGUUAUUUUGAAGCUGCUAGUCCCACUACGACUCCAGCCAACACACCUUAAUAAUUGUUUCUUUGCUGUGGGGAGAUGACCGAGGCUCUCGACUCUAAAUGUACUCUUCUUUAGGAAUGUUCUCAUUUACAUUUGUUGUUGGCAUUGAAAUAUAACAAAAUCAAAGAGAACCGAUAAGCAGCAUCGAUAAAAUCCUUGCGGUACCCAUCCCUAUUUAUAAAACUUUUUGGUUUCAGCCUUGUUGAAUGAAUUGUCUGCCAUGUACGUCAAGAACAAGAGAACUUCACGGAACCAAUUAUAAACCAGCUCUCAGCUUUGUUGUUGAUUUUGUCUCUUUGACCAAAACUGUGAACCUGUGUCUUGAAUGAUCAUUUAGGUAGUUCUGUACUUUUGUUUUUCCUUUUCAUUAUGUGAUAUUAAAACAGAAAACAUGAGGCAUGACAGCAGAGAUCAUCUUUCAGCAUCAAACUUCAUGUUUACUUGUAGCAACAGUUUGACUUGACUUAAUAAAAAAAAUACAAAAGGAA